AUGAAACCCUAUCCAUUCCAAUUCAACAGCAUGUCCUCGCCAAAAGCUGAACCAAACAGAGGAUCACGCCUGGUCGAAGAAGCUGGGUUCCCGUACAUAUUUUUGGGUGGAUUCAUGGUCGCGUCUAGCUUUGGAUUACCAGAUACUGGAUACAUUGCCUUUCAAGAAAUGGUCAACCGCAUUCAAGAAGUCAAACGACAAACUACGAUUCCUAUCAUUGCAGAUGGAGAUACUGGAUACGGUUCUCCUGUAAAUGUUAGGCGCACAGUCCAAGGUUUCGCCAUGGCUGGUGCAGCGGGUAUCAUGAUCGAAGAUCAGACUUGGCCGAAGCGAUGUGGCCAUACUAAAGGAAAAUCUGUAGUGUCCAGGGAGGAGGCCUUCGCACGAAUCCAAGCAGCUGUGGAUGCCCGCAAUGAAGGAGUCGAUAUUGUUAUCAACGCUCGCACGGAUUCUUUUAUCCUCGGAUGGGACGAAGCAAUUUAUCGAGCAAAGAAGUUCAUUGAGAUUGGAGCAGACAUGGUUUUCCUAGAGGCUCUUCCAGAUAGAGAGACGAUGAAGAAGACGGUUGAGGCCCUCAAUUUCCCCGUCAUGGCUAACAUUAUUGAAGGUGGCUUGACAGAUAACCUCUCAGCUGAAGAGCUUGGCAAAAUUGGUUUCUCAAUAGCUGUAUAUCCCUUUACAAUGGUGGCAGCUAGAGUCAAGGCUGUGAGGGAGGCUUUGGAGCGUUUGAAAGCGAGUUUCACAGCUGGGGCACCUCCACGUAUCAUGUCUGCCGGAGAGGUCUGUGAGGCUGUUGGCUUCAACAAGUACUGGGAGCUGGAAGAGAAGUAUAAAUAUUAG